CCACACAAAAUUGUAUUUGAAAGCGAGGUUAGGCGAUCGAACCCUCCGAAAUUUCGCUGUAUUUGAAAGGAAGGUUGGGCGCUCGAUUACAUCGAAUUUUCGUUGUAUUUGGCAAGUUCGAAUCGGUUGAAGAUGUCACUUUUACUAGGAAUUUCAGAUCGCAUUUAUUUGUAAUUCGCGCCACAAGUCAUCACGAAAACAAACUAGCAGACUGUAAAACAGUAGAGAUGGAAAGCUUGUUGAAGAAGAAAAAAGCAGAAGAGCGAACAGGAGCAAUUGCAGGAGAAGAUGAAAUUGAAAAUUCUGACAAUGAUGAAUCUGAAGAAGAAGAAAAAGAUGAGGUUAAAAAGCUGUUAAAACCCUUCAGCGCAGACCAGGUUUUCGACAUUCUCUGCGACGCCGCCAUGAAAGACGCGCAGCUCCUGCACAACAUACGAAAACUGGCUGAUAAAAAUCUCCCGCAUAAAAAAGUUUACAUCGAUGGGCUGCAUUCAACAACCACGGAAGAAACCCUAUAUUCAAUUUUUUCUCUAUACGGCGAGCUCGAGGAGUGCACAGUCGUAAUGGACGAUGACCUUGAGAGAUCUGAAGGUUGCGCUUUUGUCACAUACAAGCACUUGGACGGGGCAGAGAGAGCGCUCAAGUACCCUUGCAAGAAAAUUGAUAGCCGAAGGACACUGUGCCGGCUGGCUUCUGAUGAACAAGAACAAGCACAAGUGGAAGCGGUUGCCAUGUCGCAAAAGAAUGUCAGGCGAAGAAAGAUUCUUGUAAGUAAUGUCCCUGUUUAUAUGUCUUGCCUGAAACUUGUAAAUCAUUUUUCCCUAUAUGGUGAAAUAGAAGAAGGGCAGCUAGGGUUUGAUAGCAAGUUUGGAAAAUUGAAAGCCCAUGUUAUUUUUACAUAUAAGAAUGUUGAAGGAGCCAAGAAGGCCCUAGAGGAACCUGAUAAGAAUGUUUACGGACAUUAUAUGCAUUGUACGAGAGUUGCAAAGAAGCAGAAGCAAAAAGAAGACGUCCAGAAUAUUCCAUUGGACCGUAGUGGCCAGGCUGUUACUCAUGGUAAGGGUUCAAUUAUGGGGCCUGACCCAGUUGAGGUUUUGCAACCCGAAUGGUUCGAUGAUUCAGAAUUGGACAUGGGUUUAUCAAAUCUAGCCACAGGAGCCUCUAGCUCUCAGCUUCAUGCAAAAUCUCUGCAAUGGGACAUGGGUUUCCCAAAGCUAGCUACAGGGGCCUCUAGUUCUCAGCACCAUCAAAAAGUUGUGAAAUGGGAAUUGGAUUUCCCAAAUCUACCUACAGGAGCCUUUAGCUCUCAUCAUCAUGCAAAAGCUCUGCAGAAGGCAAUUCCAUUGCAAGCAUACCUGGAAACACAGCCAAUUGCAGCUCUGCCAGGACUGAAUACCUAUAAACAUGGAUUACUUGCGGGCAUUAAAUAUGAUAGCAGUUCUCAUGCAGCACAGCAAGGACUGAAUUUCUAUCAAACCCAGCAACUGAGCCAAGCUGCAGCACCAGAUCUACCGGAUCUAAAUGCACCCGACCAUAUUUAUGAUACUCAAGUAAUCAAGGAAGGAAAAAAUGCCUAUAAAAACCAGCAACUCAGUCAGGCUGCAGUACCAGAUCUACCAGAUCUAACUGUAGUCAGCCAUGUUUACGAUUCUCAAGCAACAAAGGAAGAAAACAAUGCCAGUGAAAACCAGCAAUUGAACCAGUCUACAUCAAAUUCUCCUCUGGAACCAAUUGUCUACCAAAUUCAGGAACUGGGUCUACAAGCUAUUCAUCAAACUUGGCAGGAUCAGCAGCCUGCCUGUCCAAUUCAGCAACCAAAUGCACAGGCUAUUCAUCAAACUCAGCAGGAUCAGCUGCCUGCCUAUCAAAUUCAGCCACCCACCCAGCUGAUGCUAAAUGAGCAAACAGGCCAGCCUCCAGCACCAGGCCUGCAGAAACAACACAACCAAAGCCAGAUCUUAUUUCCAAGAAGAUCACAGCAAUGAGAUGACUCUAAUGGAGGGGAAUGUGCCGAUGUAGGUAUGUUUUGAAGACAUCUGAAAGUUAACAUUAGCUUGUCUUGCACCCUCUCUGUUCAAUAUUGUAGUAAAUUUAGGUAUUAUAUUUUUGUAUUAUAAUUGAACUAUAUUCAGAGUUCAAACUUCACAAGGUAUGUCAAUAUUAUACCAAUUUCUUUAAAUGACACUUUUAUCGUAGUUGAAAUGGGAAUCUAAGGGUCAGGAACUAAUAUACAGUGUUAGUUAUUGUCUGGAGUUCAAGGGGAAUAUAGGUGCUCUGUUGUUAAACACUAUAGGAUUAUUUCUAUAGCCAUUGAUGCAUAGAGAAUACUGUGUAGGGAUUAUGUUUUGGCCUUGAGAUUCCAGGCAGUGCCAAAAAUAGCGAGAUUUGUAUUUUUCAUUGGAAGGGGGGCAAUUUUCGUCCUUUUUUUUGUCAAGUACUGAGUAUAUAUGUAAAUCAAGGUUGCCCUGUCAUUAUGACUUCCCUUAACAAUACGUUUGGUCCUUGUUUGUCAUGGUGUUGGUCAUUUCUUGUAUGCCAAAAAGAAAAAUUAAAUGUACUUUAAAGGCCAUUUUGUUGGUGGGAAUCCAUAUGUUUUAUUGUGGUUUGUGUUUGA